AACCGAGACUCCAUGACGUAUCGAUUGUAUUCGACGCACCUGGAAUUCCCGCUCUCCUUCCCCUAAAUUGACCAUUUGAUCUAUUCUUUUGAGCCCUCGAAGUCGAAGCACCAGAAACCGAAGCUUCCCCUCCUUUAGCUUCCAUCUUCUAAGUAUCUGAUUAUCUGAAUGUAGAGUGCUAUUUAAUUGCGUUGGUGUAAAAGUAUGGGAAUGCAAGUGGGUUCAGAGCAAAUUCUGGGUUACUUUUGUUUUAGGAUUCUUUGCGCUUGUUGCAGAUGAAGUAAAAAGGAAGCGGAAGUUGCACUCCCAUGCAUUUGUACUAGUGUAAAUGAAUUCACACUGCAAACGAACGGAGCCUGAAGUACAUAUUGAGAAUGGACGUUGGAGGGGAAAACCUCAAUAUGUAAGGGAGUGAAAACUUCGAAGGGGAUGAUGUCCCUCAAAGCAAGGUUGAUUGCAUUUCAUGGAAAAUUGUAUGAAUUAACAUUGCUUCUGAUGGCUGCUAUGUGGAUGGGUAUGCCUUGGUGUGGUUUCGAUGGUUGUACAUAUGAAUGAGCAUAGCUUCUGAUUUUCCUCCCUUGGUUGUACAAUAAGUUUUCAAUUACCCCCACCAAAAAAGAAAAAAAAAACUAGAAAAGAGAAAGGAUGGCAAUACCUUCUUUGUGAUCAGUAUCCUUUAGAAAGGACUGUUGUACAUUGAACCCUUUUGUUGUCUUUUCUUGCAGUCACUUUUGCAAUGAAAAUUCAUGAUGUCAUUGCAGAAUCUCUAGUUACUUUCAGGAGGCUGAUGUCUUGCAGUUGAUAAGCACCACUUUUCAGUUGAUCACAAUGGAUGAGAAUUUAAGUGCCAUGUCCCAUCAAAAGCGUGAAGGCGACUUCAAUGAUGCAGAUACGGUUGUGAAGAAGUCCAAAAUCUGUGCCUUGAGCAUAGAAGCUGUGGACAAGACAGAACAAAUUGUAGAUACUUCCUUAGCUGAAAACAAUCAGCCGGUUUUAUCUGAAGGUCAAAAAAUUGACAAUCGUGAACCCAAAGUAUCAAAGGAAGGAGUAGGAGACAAUCAACUGGGCAAGCAAAAUGGUCCCUUGGAAGAUAAGGUCUCAUGUGAUCCAGAUUGUUCAUUAUCAGUGGUUAGUGAGUCGUUCUGCAAAAUUGAAGCAGAUGCUGCAGAGGAUAAGGGUUCUAGGCACACUAUGGAGGAUGCAUGGGUUGUACUGUCAGAUGCAAGCUUAGAAUUUCCUGGAAAUUUAAGAUGUGCACAUUUUGCAAUUUAUGAUGGACAUGGAGGUCGUUUGGCUGCUGAGUAUGCACAGAAUCAUCUGCAUAAAAAUGUUCUUUCAGCGGGGUUACCACGUGAGUUGAUGGACGUAAAAUCUGCAAAAAAGGCUAUCCUUGAUGGUUUUCGGAGAACUGAUGAGUCUCUUCUUCAAGAAAGUUCUGCAGGGGGGUGGCAAGAUGGUGCUACAGCUGUGUGUGUUUGGGUUCUAGGACAAACAGUUUUUAUUGCUAAUAUUGGAGAUGCAAAAGCAGUGGUAGCAAGAUCACUUACUGCUGAUACAUUACAAAACCAUUCAGACGGAGCAAGUCCAUUGAAGGCUAUUGUUUUGACAAGAGAACACAAAGCUAUUUAUCCACAGGAACGUGCUCGCAUUCAGAAGGCAGGUGGUUCUGUCAGCAAUGGACGACUGCAGGGGCGCCUUGAAGUUUCUAGGGCUUUUGGAGAUCGCCAGUUCAAGAAGGUGGGUGUUAUUGCAACUCCAGAUAUUCACUCAUUUGAUAUUACAGAAAGAGAACACUUCAUUAUUCUUGGAUGCGAUGGUCUGUGGGGGGUAUUUGGACCAAGUGAUGCUGUUGAUUUUGUCCAUAAAUUGUUAAAGGAGGGGUUACCUGUCACCACUGUGAGCCGUCGUCUUGUUAGAGAAGCCAUCCGUGAGCGGCGGUGCAAGGACAAUUGCACUGCAAUCAUCAUUGUUUUCAGGCACAAGUGAUUGGUACCACAUCAAUUCUAUCAUAGUGUUGAAUUAUCAGGUGCUGGUUUAUCUGUGGAGUAUGGUUUCUGUUCAGGGAAAGGGGUUGGUUCUGACAUCUAACCACAGCUCCACUCUAGUCUGUACUAGUUUCACGAACAAAUUUCUUAGGUGAUUUAUUAUCCCGAGGUUGACUACUAAGGUGAGUUGAUCAAGUUCACGCUCCAAGUUUAUUUCAACAUUGGCUAUCUGAGAAAGUAAUAUCCGUUCUUAAUUUUUUAUUAAACAGUCAUUAGUAGCAGGACAGUAUGUAAAAUGAAUGUAACAAUUUUCAAAACUCAAUACUGUAUUUUCUUGUUUAGGAAAUCUUAGGAAUUGGUAAAUGGACUCUUAACUCUUCUGGGCUAUGCUGUUUACAUGGAUUCAAUCUUGAACAAAACUAAUUUGCAAGUUCUAUUGAAAGCAGUGGCUUUCUUUGUUUUGA